GCAGAAUCCUUUCACUCUGCGAAAACCAUGGCGUGUGGCAGUACCGGGAGCAGGGUGUCCUGCGGGAGAGAUUUGAAUUGUGUGCCGGAGGUAGCUGACACCUUAGCUGCGGUUGCCAAACUAGGGUUUGACUUCCUGUGCAUGCCCCUGUUCCACUCGAGGUUCAAGAGAGAGUUUGAGUUGGAGCCCGCUAAAACCCGAUCCGGUGCCCAUACCCGGUCUGAUCUGCUGCUGUGUGGCAGAGAUUGGAAUACUCUUAUUGUUGGAAAGCUCUCUCAAUGGAUCGAUCCAGAUGCAGAAGUCGAGGCCGAGCGAAGAAACUCAGAAGCGGCUCUGACACAGGAGUUAAACUUCUCCGCCUACCUGGGUCUGCCUGUCUUCAUGCUCCACCUGAAGGGCCCUCACUGUGCCAAUCUAGCCCGCCUGCUGCUAAACCACAUCCACACUGGACACCACACCUCAAAUUUCUGGAUACGUGUCCCGCUGAUGGCGCCAGAGGACACGCGGGAGGACGUGAUUGAGAACGAACCGGGCCCUUGCGUCGAUGACACAGGUGUUGACGAGAAGACCUGGGGCUGGUGGCACUCAUUUAGAACCCUUUGUGAUUACAACAAGAGGAUCUGUCUCGCUAUUGAAGUCGGAGCAGACAUGCCGUCAGAAGCUGUGAUCGAUAAGUGGCUCGGGGAACCAAUCAAAGCGGCCAUUCUCCCCACCAGCAUCUUCCUAACCAAUAAGAAGGGCUUCCCUGUUCUGUCGAAAGCCCAUCAGCAGAUAAUCUUCAGUCUUUUCAAGUUGGAGGCCCAGUUCGUGUUCACCGGCACCAGCCGCCACACUGAGAAGGACUUCCGCUCCUACCUGCAGUACCUGGAAUACCUCAACCAGAACCGUCCUGCCCCUAAUUCAUAUGAGCUCUUUGCCAAAGGCUAUGAAGACUACCUGCAGUCCCCCCUCCAGCCACUCAUGGACAACCUGGAGUCUCAGACAUAUGAGGUGUUUGAGAAGGAUCCUAUUAAAUACUCUCAGUACCAACAGGCUGUAUAUAAGUGUCUGCUUGACAGAGUUCCAGAGGAGCAGAAAGACACAAACGUUCAGGUGCUGAUGGUGCUGGGAGCAGGUAGGGGUCCCCUGGUCAACGCGUCCCUGCGUGCUGCCAGACAGGCAGACAGGAAGCUGAAGAUUUACGCCGUGGAGAAAAAUCCCAACGCUGUAAUCACGCUGGAGAAUUGGCGCUUUGAGGAGUGGGGUGAUCAGGUGACGGUGGUGUCAUGUGACAUGCGGGAGUGGUCAGCACCUGAGAAAGCCGACAUCAUCGUCAGCGAGCUGCUGGGAUCAUUUGGGGACAAUGAACUUUCCCCUGAGUGCUUGGACGGAGCGCAGCACUUCCUCAAAGAUGGCGGAGUGAGCAUCCCCUGCUCCUACACGUCCUUCCUGGCUCCCCUGUCCUCCUCAAAGCUUUACAACGAAGUACGGGGAUGCCGGGAGCGCGACAAGGACCCAGAGUGCCACUUUGAGACGCCCUAUGUCGUGCGCCUCCACAACUUCCACCAGCUGGCUGAGCCCAAACCGUGCUUCACCUUCAGACACCCCACAAAAGAUAUGAACAAUAACCGGUAUCAGUGCCUCAGAUUCUCUGCAGGAUGUAACACGGUGCUCCAUGGCUUUGCGGGCUACUUUGAGACCACGCUGUACAAAGAUGUCACACUCAGUAUAAAUCCACAGACGCACUCAGCUGGAAUGUUCUCCUGGUUCCCCAUCUUCUUCCCCCUCAAACAACCCAUCUCCGUAUCCCGAGAUGAAGAUAUCGCGGUGCGAUUCUGGCGCUGCAACAACGGGAAGAAAGUGUGGUACGAAUGGGCCGUGACCGAGCCCUCCUGCUCCGCCAUCCACAAUCCAGCAGGGCGCUCUUACACCAUUGGCCUGUGAAGAGAACAAAUUUGCACACAUCUCUGUAAAACUUGGUGGCAGUUAAUGUUGAAGUGUCACGGCUCAUUUUUUUUUACACGCAGUUAAAAACCUGGACUUAAAAAAAAACGUAAGUGUGUUCUGGGUUUUAGAAUUACCCGCGAUAAGCACUUUUUGAGCCGGUCUGUUUCAGCGGGCAUGGACUAUCACCUGAACAAGUGUGUUGUCGCCACCUCGACACCAGUUGGUUUUUUUUAAAGCCGUUUUCCCCUCCUUCAGACAUAAAAACUCAAUCCAACCAAACCUUUGCCUUAUCAAACACGCAUUCCACACCGAUACCUACAUACUGAUGAAACACACUUCUAAAAACAGAAGGUUAUGCUAUUCAGGUCACAUAUACCAUAUUGUUUCGGGGGGCUGUCAAUUCAUAAAUCAUUGUUAUUUUCUUUCUGUAUGUUUGAACCGUGUCAAUAAAAACAACACUGCAAUGUU